UUUCAACCCUUUUACAGGGGUGCUACAUUUUGGGGGCUCGUCCGGGAUGUGUGCAGCGUGGGUCCACUUCCAGCUACAGAAGUCCCCUGCCGUCACACGUCUCUUUUAACCAACCCAGUCAUCCUGAGCACCGUGGUGAACUGCUACAGUGGUAACCCGAUCAUCAGUGGGCAGUCAAUCUGAGGUAUUGCUACAUACCAGGAGAGCUGCUGCUAUGUUCAACGGGUGAAGAGGUAUCACUCCACAUCGUUCACAACCACCUGGCACAGAGAUGGCGUCAUCGGAAAUGGAACAACUACAGGUAGAAAUAUUCAGAGAGCUAUGUGAGCUACCCCGAGAUGCUCUGGCAGAGCUAUGUGACUUUUUAUGUAUAGCAGGAGGAGCACUUGAGCAUGUGACUGGUAAAAGUCGAAGAGCUCUCAUUAAGUUAGUUUCAGAUCACAUGCAGAGAGAGGAGCUUGAAAAGCAAGAGUAUACCGGAAUGACUGACUUACUCCUCUGCAAAGACAAAAUGACUGAGCUCCUGGCAGCUGCCAACCUAACACAGCAACAGACACAGGAAGCGGAUUUACAAGAGGAACAGUGGAAAAAGGAGCGAGAAGAGGAAAGGAUACGGAAAGAGAUUGAGGCCUUGCAGUUACAGUUGGCUGCUACACAGAAACAGAGUGAGAAAGAAAAGUCAGACACCAGAGAAAUACAAACCCCAGCCCCUAACAGCAUGUUAACUCAGAGCACACCCCACAGUUAUCCCCCUACCCCCCCCUACCCCUACCCCAUAAAAUAUCUGGCCAGAUUGAAGAGCCUGGGCAGAAAGACCGUCUGACCUUUUCAAGUCUGGCACGCCAAAUUGACGAUGGUCGAAGUAAAGGGGUACCAGAACUCGAGAUAGUAGAUGCAGUAAUAAGGUCAAUCAUUCCUGGCAUGGGGCUUCGUAGUUAUUUAGAGGGGAAAGCUAACCUGACCCUCCCCACCCUAAGAAGAAUACUCUGUUCCCACUAUCAAGAGAAAAGUGCUACUGAGCUCUAUAAGCAGCUGACCUCUGAAGUGCAGGGCAUCAACGAAACGCCACAGAACUUCCUCAUUCGUACCUUUGACCUGAGACAGAAGAUCUUGUUUGCCUCACUGGAAGAUAAGUCAGGCCUCAAAUAUGACCCAGGUCUAGUACAAAACAUGUUCCUUCACACUGUGUUAACCGGUCUGCAAAAUGACAAUAUAAAACGUGAUCUCCAGCCAGACUGACAUCUCUGAUGAACUGUUACUGGAGAGGAUGAACACAGCGUGUGCCUAUGAGACAGAGAGGCAGAAUGAAAUUAUUGGGACAGUCACGGCCUGCUACUAUCCAUUAGGGAUGGGACGAAAUAUCGUUUGGCGAAAUAUCGCGAUACAAAACGUGACGAUACGCAUCGAGUUUGAAAAAAAUGGAUCGCGAAAUGAUGGCACUGCCACGUGAUUUGUAUAGUAUAUAAAUAUUUAGUUUGUGCGUUUGUGGGGCAGGCAUGCAGUACCAUCGGUUGGUCAAGCAGGGGAAAACUAAAUGGAAAAAAAAAUUCGGGAACGGUGCAGUGCGUCACGUCACAGUCAGGUCACAGCGCAUGCGUUAGCAGCAACUACCUUGCCCUCAAACCGCCGGACAAUGGAGUCGAAUGAGGUCGAAAUUGAGGACGCUCCGCCUGGAUACAGGUCAUUUGUCUGGCAGUAUUUCGGCUUUCUCAUUAAAAAAGACAAAGACGGCAAUAGAGUAACUGACAAGACUAAGACUGUGUGUAAGCUAUGCAAUGCCGUCACUCCGUACACCACCUCCAACACGACAAACAUGGGCCACCACCUUCAACGUCACCAUAAAGAUGUGAAGAAGGCCCCAGAGAAAACAAACCUACCGAAGGGACAACUGACCAUGAAACAAGCACUGACACCAACUCUACCCCUGUCAAGUCCGCGUGCAAAACAGAUAACCAGGCUCAUUGGCGAGUUCAUAGCGGACUAUAUGGCUCCAUUUAACAUUGUAGAGAACAGAAAAUUCAUCCAAAUGUUCAAGAUGCUGGAGCCCAAGUUUAAGGUGCCAUGCCGAGGACAUUUUUCAGAGAAGGUUAUUCCGGAAAUUUACAAUGAAACCAAACAAAGCGUGAAAGAGUGUCUCAAAAAUGCCGACUGCAUCGCCCUGACCACCGACGGCUGGACGUCGCGUGCAACACAGAGUUAUAUCACCAUCACGGCACAAGUCAUCGACGAGAAAUGGGAGAGUAAAAGCUUUGUGUUGCAAACUCGUGAGUUAAGUGAAAGUCAUACUGGUGUUAACAUAGCUCACGUGUUGAGAAAUGCACUGAGAGAGUGGGAGCUAACGAGGCCACAAACAACCAUCGCUUGUGUCACAGACAACGCAAGCAACAUGGACAUUGCAGUGAGAGAGAGCGGUCUCCAUCCUCACAUCAAGUGCUUGGCGCACGUUGUGAAUCUGGCCAGUAAGCGAGGCUUGGCUGUAUCCCGCGUCGCGCGCCUUCUUGGCCGUGUGCGAAGAGUAUCUACAUUCUUUCACAAGAGCACCACGGCCACCGCCGUCCUGGCCAACAAGCAAACCCAGUUGGAGCUGCCUCGGCAUAAGCUCAUCACCGAUGUCCAGACCAGGUGGAAUAGCACGUACGAAAUGCUUGCGCGCUACCUGGAACAACAAGCAGCUGUUUCAGCAGCGCUCAGCAGCCCAGAAAUCCGAAGGAAUGCCAGAGAAAUCGACACCCUGGAUAACACUGAUAUAUCAGAUGUAGAAGACAUAGUGAAACUGCUUAAGCCACUGAAGACAGCCACAACAGUUGUCUGUGAUGAAAAAGAGCCCACUGUUUCACUUAUAAUGCCACUGAAGUACAUGAUCGAGCAAAGCAUGUCACCAGACGAAAAUGACACACAGACCAUCGCCAACAUGAAAAGCGCAAUCCUACGCGACAUCUCGGACCGGUAUUCUGGGGACUGUAAUGAUAUGCUGCAGGAGUGCGCAGCGCUUGACCCACGAUUCCGAAGCCUGUCCCAUCUGAAUAAUGAACAACGCGAGUCCGUCUAUGCCCGGAUACGUGAAAAAGCUGCAGGACCUCAUUUGCCACGCAACCAGACCAGUGACACUGAUGAAAGAACAACGAGGGCCAGUGCUUCAACACCAGGAGCAGCAGAGCAGGCCAUGGUCGAGGUUGAGACGGCACAGGGAGCAGAGCCAGUAGAAGGAGAAAGGCAGAUGCAGGAUGUGACACAGCCUCCCCCACCAAAGAAGACAGCGCUAGAAGAUCUCCUUGGGAGCUCCUACACUACUCUUGAGCCAGUGCAGUCCAGCAGAGGGAUUGAAAUGGAGAUAGUCGCCUACAGAAAUGGGAUUCCUAUCCCACUCAACAGUAGUCCACUUGAGUGGUGGAAAGUUAAUGCAUAUGCUUACCCCAUACUUGCCCCCCUUGCCAAAGCCUACCUUUGCAUUCCUGCUACGUCAGUGCCCAGUGAACGGGUCUUUUCGACGGCAGGAGACAUUGUGUGUGCUCAAAGAUCACUAAUUACACCAGAACAUGUCGAUAUGUUAGUUUUUCUGAAGAAGAACCAGUCCUAGGCCAGGGCCAUGACUUAAAAGAGGCUGAGCUAACGUAAUGUAGGGUUAAGUGUUCUUGUUUGUGUUUGAAAGGUUGGGCCGUGUGUUUCCUAGUGUGCAACUAAAACAAAAAUAAAUACGUUGUAAUUAC